CUGUAAAAAGCUGACAGAUAAAAGGAGGCAGAGAAUCAGAGACUCAGACCAGGCACAGAGCCGGAAAAGUAAUUACAUGCCUAAACAGCUUUGGGAAGAAGUGUCUAAGUGGCAGAUCUGGGGCUUGAACCUCUGUCAGCCCCCUCAGGACCAAAUCUUUCUUCUUGUGCCGUGGUGGCAGGGAUCAGAAGAACUCAAUUAUUUACAAAUGCCGUGGCCGCAGAAGCAGCUGUUGAACCACCUCAAUGCCAACAGUGUCUAUUGCCAGCAUUAGUGUCAUUAGUAGUCAUUGCAGCUGUAAUAGCACCAUUAUCUCCUGCUAAAAGGUUCACUGAUGGCUCAGGACAGAGCUUGGGGAAGUGAAAAGAGCAGACUAAAUGAGAUGGAAACAGCAAACAGUUGCUUCUACCUUAACCUGCAUAAAGACCUGAGGAUGCUACGCAGAGGGAAAUUAAUUUGCACAAGUAGCAAAAAUUUUGGCUGGAGUGUCAUCAAGGAGGAGGGGCUCUUGGUAGCUCUUGUGUCACUUGGGCGAACGUAAAGCAUAUAAAUAUGGGAAAGAGAGAAUGGGGACAUUACUACCAACCAUCUUCAUCCCUCAGAGUGAACUUCUCUCCACUUCUUGCUGCCUCGUCUUGGACUUUCCUGUGUCUGCUCUGCCUCUUUACCCCAGGCCUCAGGCAGCCCAGCAUGGCUCUGUGGAUCCGAUCUCUGCCCCUGCUGGCCCUGCUGGCCCUCUCGGGCCCCGGGAGCAGCCACGCCGCUGUCAACCAGCACCUCUGCGGCUCCCACCUGGUGGAAGCCCUGUACCUGGUCUGUGGCGAGAGGGGCUUCUUCUACCAGCCCAAAGCCCGGCGGGAUGCUGAGCAGCCUCUAGUGAGUGGUCCCUUGCACGGCGAGCUGGGAGAGCUGCCCUUCCAGCAGGAGGAGUUUGAGAAAGUGAAGAGAGGGAUUGUUGAGCAAUGCUGCCACAACACCUGCUCCCUCUACCAGCUGGAAAACUACUGCAACUAG